CUUUCCCGCCCGACAUCAGACCGAUACGUUAGUUAGGCGCCUCCGCAGGCCUGGACGCACGCCUCUUUACUCUGUGACGCUUUAGUCGUUUAUCGAAACAACAUAUAAAUGUUUAAACUUUGAAGUGUUGGAAAGAAGAUAUAUAAAUAUGUAACAGUGUUCAGUCGUGAUUCAUAGUGAAAGAUGUUCGAUAGUCGAAAGUUCGUGGUAGCAGUACACAGAAAUUUAACGGCACUCGGAUAGUUCAACAGACAUCCAAACAUGGAGACUGACAAGAUGUCGACAGCCUCGUCGGUAGGCGCUGAACGACGACCACUGAUGCAAGCUUUAGUGAUCGAGAGACGAAUCCUAUUCGCCUGCACAAUAUUGAUAGGUCUCUGUACAUUUGUCUGGAUCACAGCCGUUUGUACGGAGAAAUGGGUUCACAUUGAAGGCGGUAAUGGUAUAUACUUACCAACCAGAGGUGGAUUCUUCAUGUGGAGUGAUUCGGGUGUCUGGGAAAUUUGUCGUUACAUUUUCCAACCUUUUGAAAAUCAAUUAAGGUACAACGCGACAUACAUGGCGACGCUUAACCCUUUUGAUAUAGGAGAUUUGAAGGGCGAAUAUUUCACUAAUUGUACCAAUUAUUUAUCGCAGCCUAUAAUGAAGAACGGCAAGCCGGCUGAUCCCGCAUAUGACAUCGACGUAGCUAAUUACGUCCGAACGAUGAUCUCUUUCGGCAUCAUCAGCCUUUUCGUUAUGGCUAUGGGGUGCGGGUUUUCCAUGUACACAUUUCGAAAUCCGCGUUAUAUGUUCAAACGCCUUGCAGCGGGUAUACACUUUAUAAGCACUUCGUGUACAUUCGUCGUGGUGCAAGUAAUGAUGUCUUCCGUGGAUCAUAUGAAGAAGAAUUUGAAAUUUGUUUAUCCAGAUCGUGCCUAUCAUUACUUCCACAUCAGCUUCUUUUUGGCGUGGUUCGUGGUUUUGGUAAACCUUUUCGCAGCUGCUUCGUUCCUCUGGUACUCACGUAAAAGGAAAGGUGACAAAGCAGCAACGGAUGAACUCGCGAUGGCCGAUGAACCAACAAUCAUCGGUCGAUGACGCUUCAAAUUAUACUCCAUGCGACCACUCUCACCGAAUGGACGUUUCUCCAAGUCUCUAAUGAACAGUGCUCAAUUGACCAAUAGCUGUAAAUGUUUUUGUUAUUUAUGUCUUCCAAACACAUUUAAAGCAAGAGCGGUUUAAAGCACUCCGCUGUAAAAUGCUCAAGUUCAAACAUCGCAAUAUGAAUUAUAUUGUCGAAUUCAACUCUUACAAUAUUAAAGUAUUUACGAAUGCACUGAUUAACCCACAACUUGUUUCUGUAUGCGCUAGCUAUCACUGUCUAUUUAUCUAAAUAUUAUUGUUUAGAUGUAAUAAACGUUAUUAUUUAUCGACGCGAUGUUUCAAUUUAAGUUUGUACUCUAUUGAAAAUUUUUGUACCGUUUUAAAGUACCUUUAUUCUGAAAUUUGCUACAUUUGUUUACGCCUUGUUAAUCUUAUAAGCGUCGGAUGUAUU